AUGUUAACGCUGCCGACUAUGUCUCGUGAAGAGCUGUUCAUUUCUCGUGCUAUGGAAAAUUGUGCUGUAAAAUCAGUCAUCGCGGGUGUGCUGGGCUAUGGAGUAGGUGUGGCCUUUGGUUUGUUCACCGCUUCUGUAGAUCCUUCACUAAGUAUGGUGGGAGGCGACCCAACAAAGCAGCUUACACUUAGAGAAACAUGGAAAGAAAUGAGUGGAAGAAUGAAGUCGUAUGGAAAGAAUUUCGGAUCCAUUGGUUUCAUGUUUUCAGGUACUGAAUGCAUUUUGGAAACCAUACGAGCAAAAAGCGACUGGCGGAACGGAACAUAUUCCGGUGCAAUUGUGGGUGGAAUUCUGGGUCUCCGAGCAGGUAUCAAGCCGGCAAUGUGGGGUGCAGCUGGAUUUGCUGCUUUUUCCACCCUUAUUGAUCACUGGAUGAGAGGAUGA